GCGGGAUGCGCAGCGGCGGCGCCGGGGCCUGUGCCCGCCGCCAGUGAAGCCCGAGGCCGCCGCGGAUGCGGCCCCGGCGGCGCCUGGGCCAGGCCCGUCCCGACCUGCGCCAGGAACCGCCGCCGAGCCCCGCGUAGCCCCGGCCCUCGGCUGCCCAGUGCCGGACCCUCGCGUAGCCCCGGCCCCCUCUCCUCCCUGCCGUGAAAGAGGAGGCAUGUCCGCUGCCGCCUCCGCUGAAAUGAUUGAAACCCCCCCGGUCCUCAACUUCGAAGAAAUCGACUACAAAGAGAUCGAGGUGGAAGAGGUUGUUGGAAGAGGAGCCUUUGGUGUGGUCUGCAAAGCAAAAUGGCGAGCUAAAGAUGUAGCCAUUAAACAGAUAGAAAGUGAAUCUGAAAGAAAAGCCUUCAUUGUAGAGCUUCGACAAYUGUCACGAGUAAACCAUCCCAAUAUAGUCAAGUUAUAUGGAGCCUGUCUAAACCCGGUGUGUCUUGUUAUGGAGUAUGCUGAAGGAGGUUCCCUGUACAAUGUGCUGCAUGGUGCUGAACCUCUGCCUCAUUACACUGCUGCACAUGCCAUGAGUUGGUGUUUACAAUGUUCCCAAGGAGUGGCAUAUCUCCACAGUAUGAAACCAAAGGCUCUAAUUCACAGAGACCUGAAACCACCAAAUUUACUCUUGGUAGCUGGGGGGACAGUUCUAAAAAUCUGUGACUUUGGUACAGCCUGUGAUAUUCAAACACACAUGACCAACAACAAAGGAAGUGCUGCUUGGAUGGCACCUGAAGUUUUUGAAGGUAGCAAUUACAGUGAAAAAUGUGACGUUUUCAGUUGGGGUAUUAUUCUUUGGGAGGUAAUCACCCGUAGGAAACCUUUUGAUGAGAUUGGUGGUCCAGCUUUCCGAAUAAUGUGGGCAGUUCACAAUGGUACUCGGCCACCACUGAUCAAAAAUUUGCCUAAACCAAUUGAGAGUUUAAUGACCCGUUGUUGGUCCAAGGAUCCCUCACAACGGCCAUCCAUGGAGGAAAUUGUUAAAAUAAUGACACAUUUGAUGCGGUACUUUCCAGGAGCUGAUGAACCUCUGCAAUAUCCUUGCCAGUAUUCAGAUGAAGGCCAAAGCAACUCUGCCACUAGCACAGGUUCAUUCAUGGACAUCACUUCUACAAACACAAGCAACAAAAGUGAUGCUAACAUGGAACCAAGUGACUUCCAAGGGGCUUCUACCAAUGACACCAUUAAACGUUUAGAGUCAAAACUGGCACAGCAAAUCAAAAAUACAGCCAAGCAGCCGGGUGAUCCUGGCCGUUUGAGUUUGCCCCCAUCUCGUGGGAGCAGUGUUGAGAGCCUGUCAGAUGUUCGUGCACGUCCUACAUCAGCCCUUGUUUCUGGAGAAGCCAAAAGGAUGAGUGCUGACAUGUCUGAAAUAGAAGCAAGAAUAGCUUCCAUCACAGCCUAUUCCAAGCCUAAACGAGGCCAUCGUAAAACUGCUUCAUUUGGCAACAUUCUGGAUGUCCCUGAGAUCAUCAUACCAGCAGGAAACGGACAGCAGAGGCGCAGAUCCAUUCAAGAUCUUAGUGUUGCUGGAACAGAGUCCAGUCAGGAGAGUAGAAACAGCAGUAGAUCAUCCAGUCCUAGUGUGAGAAUGAUCACUACCUCGGGACCAACCUCUGAAAAGCCAACACGUAAUCCGUGGACACCUGAUGAUGCAGAGACCAAUGGGUCAGAUAACUCCAUCCCAAUGGCAUAUCUUACAUUGGAUCAUCAGUUACAGCCUCUAGCACCAUGCCCAAACUCCAAAGAAUCUAUGGCUGUGUUUGAACAGCACUGCAAAAUGGCACAAGAAUAUAUGAAAGUUCAGACAGAAAUCGCAUUGCUGUUACAGAGGAAACAGGAACUAAUAGCAGAACUGGACCAGGAUGAAAAAGACCAGCAAAACACAUCCCGUCUGGUACAGGAACAUAAAAAGCUGUUAGAUGAAAACAAAAGCCUCUCAACAUACUAUCAGCAAUGCAAAAAACAAUUAGAGGUCAUCAGAAAUCAGCAACAGAAACGGCCAGGCACAUCAUGAUUUCCUGGGACUUUUCAAAUGAAAAAUAUGCACAGAAAAGACUGAUUUUUUUUUUUAUUAUUAUCCCUUAUUAUGACAGCUCAUGAGUGUUAGCUUCUUGGUGUGAUCUGUACUUGUCUGCUACACUUAACAUCAUUUAAUUUUCUUCUUCCUAGGUGGACAUCCAAUUCAACAGGUUAAUUGAAUAGGGUGAAAAAACAGUGACUUGRAUAAACCAAUAGCCCUCAAUUUAAAGCAAGAAGAGUGGCUGUUUGCAUGCUCCUUGUGUGAAGGCUAGCCUAACAAGUGUUGAGGAGGCUGCUAAAUUGUGAGAUCUUAUUUUUAGUUUUUGGCGUUACCUCGGUAAGAGCAAAAAAACCAACUUUCCUGUUUAAAAAUGGUUUUGUUCCAGUGUCUCAUCUCAAACUAUUAUUAUGAUGAUUAUUUUCAUAAUAAACUGAAACAUGCACCAAGCUGCAGAGGUGGUGGUGGCUGACCAGAGUAAUUCAUGAUGCAUUAGUGAUGCCUUUUGCCUGUAGACAUAGUGUAUUUUUUCCACAUGCAAAAUGGUAGGCAAACUGAUGCCAGCAUUCUUGGUUCAGUGCUUGAUAGCCCUGCAUUUUGACUAAUAUAUUUCUUGUAAUCUUGCAUUCAUAAAAUAUUUGAAGUAAAAGGUUGUAUUUUCUUUACUUUCUUGGGGUGAAUGACAUGCAGUUUCAUUUGAAUAUUGGGCAAAUGUUAGGAAGGUGAUCACCGGACACAGUUGGUCCCUUGUAUAAAAGAGAAAUAAUCAAAAAUAUGUGAAAGUGUGUUUUAAACCUUUAAAACUUUUGUACCUGUAGUGUCUUUGGGAGAAAAUUCAGAAAAGAAAUUAAUACAGAACUUGAAAUACUUGCUCCCUUUAUGUUUUUGCUCCCUUAUUGGUUUUGUCUGAAAAGGUUUUUAUUUCUUGCAACUUACUUGGUGACAAACACUUACCAUAAAUGUAAAUAAGUCUGUUUUAGAUAGGGAGAGAAGAGUUUGAGGAAAUGAAUUUAUUUUAAAUAGCAGAUUUUAAAAUGGAGUUGAGUAUGCAAAUAGUCGAAACUGUUAAGAAAAUGAGGGAAAUGGCUUAGAUCUCCAUCAGGAAUCUCAGUUAUUCCACUCAUUUGAACACAGCUCAAAGGAAGUCCAUCACAGAAUGCCUGCUGCUUUGUGACUGAAGAAUUGCAUUUAAUGAACUCGAGUGGCACAUGUAGUGCUCAGUGUUGUUAUUUACCGUUAUUACAUAUGAGAAAAUAAUUACUUGAUUACAGUGCAGAUUGAUUAUUUGGAUUAUGAAUUAACUUUUAACUGGUACAAAAAGGAGGCACUUCUAAAUAUAAUGGUAAAUUCCUCCUUACAUACAUACCUAAGUUCUUGAUGUACUCAGUUACAGGCAGGGUUUUAAUAACAUAUGUUUGCAAAAGAAAAAUAGGAAAUUUAAGGGUUUUUUUUGCUUCUGAGCCCCAUAAAUAAAAUAGAAGUAAUCUGAAAUUUGAAAUAUGCCCAUUUCAAAUGAAUGGUUAUUCAUAAGAGUCCAUGAGCAGAACUUGGAAAAACCUUGAGGGGGGAAACUUUACAAUAUUUUCUCUUUCCUGCCUACUUAAUGAAAGCCAUUAACACUGUUGUGCUUAUCUGCGAACAGCAAAGAUGGCGAACAACUUACUGAAUGUCCUAUCUGGAAAAUAAAUCUAUUGUUGGCAAACCUUUGGGAGUUAGAAACCUUUCCCUCAUCUUAUUUAAAUAAAGGAAGGGUUCUCAUUCCCAAAACCUGAACAGAUAAUUUGAUUAGUUAGCUGAAACUGAUAUUGGGAUCAACUUAAGGCCACACGUAUUUAUAGCAAAAUGUAAUUGGGGGAGAAAAUAACUCUAGUAUUAGGAAUAGCACAAGUUAUCCGAAGCAUUGCUGUUCACAUACAUCUGUCUGUCUACCAAAAUGGAGACACUCCGUGAUCAGCAGCUUACUGAACAUGCACUGAAGCAUUAGGUAGAGCAGCAUAAAUACUGAUGCUUGACUUCAGAGGCAUGGUUGGCAACACAAAAUCAUUUCCCAGUACAGUUUUUACAUCUUGCUGUGUGGCAAAAGAGAUAUACUUAAGGUAAAUCAGUGUUGUAUAGGAAAAGUCACUUUAUGGCAAGGUUUGAAUAAUGAAAGUGAAUGCAGUGAUAAAUUAAUGAUAUAUAAUACAUAAGUAAUUUCUAGCAGUUGCUUGUGAUUUUUCAGGGUUUACAUUAAAAAGGGACUGACAUGAUAAAAUAAGCACUGUGCUACCAUGCACUGUUGGCUUCAAUCAAUGGUUAGGUUAUAUCACUCCUGUAAUUUUCAAAGGGAAUUCGGAGUUGGACCUUUUGCCUUCAAAUUGUCCCUUUCUUAAUUCCAUCAAAAAUUUAAAAAAAUACUUGCACAGAUUUAUCRCUGAGGUUUUCCACGUGGCAAAAUCUGUUUAUCGCAAACCCUAUAUGGGUAGAACAUAGCAGUUUGGGCUAAGAGUUUAACAGCUUAACUUUCAGUGACCUUUAAGACUCUUGUUUUAAAGUUGUUUACAAAUGUACUUUUAUUUUUCUGUUAAACUAUCUGGACUGUUGAGGAACUUUUUUCAUGUACUCUUCUGUCCAGUUAAAGCUCUUCCUCUAAUACUGGAGAUGAAACAUCUAGUUUUGGCUGGGCACUGCCUUCUCAGAAAAGGUAACAGGCUCUGCUUUUUGUUACAGUAUGUGUUCUGUAAGAUAUUGUGUAAUUGAAGUAUACUUCUGUAUACUAUGCAGUUCUUCCAAAAAAGCUUUUUUGGGCUUUUUGGUUUGUUAUAUUUUCUGAUGAGGAGUUGAAGAUUGUAAUUCAAAACUUGUACAUAAAAUGGUGAAUUAUUUCAUAUGA